GGUGCGAGGAACUCAGCCUCCGGCCUCAGUGUCUCUCUGACUCCGCACAGAGAGCAUCAGGUCCCGGUGCUGAUCUGGAUCCAGCUCUGAUCCGCUGUGGCUUCUCUUCCAGGUAUUAGUCUGCACCGUGAACCUGACAUGUCCGGAGAGGAGCGGCUCUCAGUGUAGUUCCAGCCGGACAGAGUGAGGACCGCAGGGGCCUGAGCCUCCACACAGCCCCGCUGCAGAGCUCCAGGAGCCCGCAGAGAGGCGGGAAUGUUAGCGGUGGGUCCGAUGGACGGGUCCCGACAGAGCGCCUUCCUCCUCAGCACCCCCCCUCUGGCUGCUCUGCACAGCAUGACCGAGAUGAAGACCCCGCUUUACCCGGCCUACCCGCUGUCCUCCUCCGGCCCCAACUCCUCUACCUCACCGGCCACCACCUCCCCCAACCCGGGCGGCAUGGCCGUGUCCUCCCCGGGGAUCAAGAGCUCCUCGGGUCUGUCCUCGGGGCUCGUAUCCCCGCAUCUUUGCUCCUCCGCGACCCCUCACGGAAUUAACGACAUCCUGAACCGGCCCGCCGCGGCCGCGAUGGCCGCAGCCGCCGCCGCCGCCGCCUCCUCCUCGGCGGGGCUCCUGUCGGGUCUGCCCCGGUUCAGCAGCCUCAGCCCGCCGCCGCCCCCCGGACUUUACUUCAGCCCCAGCGCCGCCGCGGUGGCGGUGGCCCGGUACCCGAAGCCCCUGGCGGAGCUGCCGGGCCGGACGCCCAUCUUCUGGCCCGGAGUCAUGCAGAGUCCGCACUGGAGGGACGCGCGGUUCGCCUGCUCGCCGCAUCACAACUCAGUUUUACUGGAUAAAGACGGAAAGAGGAAACACACCAGACCCACGUUCUCCGGACAACAGAUCUUUGCUCUGGAAAAAACUUUCGAACAAACCAAAUAUCUGGCGGGACCCGAGAGAGCCAGACUGGCCUACUCCCUGGGAAUGACCGAGAGCCAAGUCAAGGUGUGGUUUCAGAACAGGAGGACCAAGUGGAGGAAGAAACACGCAGCAGAGAUGGCCACCGCGAAGAAGAAGCAGGACUCGGAGACAGAGAGGCUCAAGGGCACUUCGGACAACGAGGAGGAGGACGACGACUACAACAAACCUCUGGAUCCGAACUCUGACGACGAGAAGAUCACACAGCUGCUCAACAAGCACAAGCCCGGGCCCGCGCUGCUCGUGCACACCUCCGAGAACGACAGCUCCUAACUGAUGCGGGGCUGUGUCAGUGGCGCGCACAGACACGCACAUGUGUGUGCGUGUGAGGACUCAGUUGUAAAUACCAGAGAAACGAAGAGGAAAAGAUCCGCUGUGAAUAAUUUAUGUUAAAAACGGUUUUUGUACAGAAAAGAAAAAACUUCAUCAGUUUUUGUAUCUGACAGAAACACACACACACACACACUCUACCCACACAGAGACGCACACAGACCCACACACACCUGUACAGAGACUGAGUCUACACACACAUGUUUUUUAUUUAUGUGUUCAUCAGCAGGUGAAUGUGAUGCACUUUUAUUUAAUAAAAACU